GAGCGAGCGGACGGACGGACGGACGGGCGGGCGCGCGGCCCCCGGCGGCUCCCGGUCUUGAGGCGAAGGACGAGGGUCGGCGGGGAGGAGGAGGCGGCGGCGGCGGCGGCGGCGACGCAGGCGGAGGAGGCGGCGGCCGCCGGGGAACCCACUCGGCGCCUCGGCCCCGCGCCCCCUCCUCAGCCCCUGGUCGCUCGCGCUCGGCGGGCCGGCGCCUCGCCUCUGCGCGCGGAGAUGGUGUAGCCCGGUCGCCGGAGCCGGAGCCGGAGCCGGAGCCGCCUCUGCUCGCGCGUCCCCGCGGCGUCCGCCUCCCCGCCUGAGGAGAGACCCUCUGCUCGGCGUCUCCCGCGCCGGGGGAGCCUCGGCGCCGUCGGCACCAUGAGCCUCGGCUAGCGAGACCCAGGAGAUGGGGAGGGGCUCGCCCAUCGUAGAGUGGUGGUUGCCGACAGACAGUGAACAGAGUAUCUGUCAGGCAAGAGCUGCCGUCAUGGUUUAUGAUGAUGCCAACAAGAAGUGGGUGCCAGCUGGUGGCUCAACCGGGUUCAGCCGAGUACAUAUAUAUCACCAUACAGGCAACAACACAUUCAGAGUUGUGGGCAGAAAGAUUCAAGACCAUCAGGUUGUGAUAAAUUGUGCCAUUCCUAAAGGGCUGAAGUACAAUCAAGCUACACAGACUUUCCACCAAUGGCGGGAUGCUAGACAGGUGUAUGGUCUCAACUUUGGCAGCAAAGAGGAUGCCAAUGUCUUCGCAAGUGCCAUGAUGCAUGCCUUAGAAGUGUUAAAUUCACAGGAAGCAGCCCAGAGCAAGGUUACUGCUACCCAGGACAGCACUAAUUUGCGAUGUAUUUUCUGUGUGUUCUAUUUAGGGCCAACAUUGCCUAGACAAAAUUCACAACUACCUGCUCAAGUUCAAAAUGGCCCAUCCCAAGAAGAGUUGGAAAUCCAGAGAAGGCAGCUACAAGAACAGCAGCGACAGAAGGAGCUGGAGAGAGAGAGAAUGGAGAGGGAAAGGUUGGAGAGAGAACGACUAGAGAGAGAGAGGCUAGAGAGAGAGCGCCUGGAGCAGGAGCAGCUGGAGCGCCAGCGCCAGGAAAGGGAGCACCUGGAGCGCCUGGAGCGCGAGAGGCUGGAGCGCCUGGAGAGGGAGAGGCAAGACCGAGAGCGCCUGGAGCAGCUGGAGCAAGCCGAGUGGGAGCGAGAGCGCAGAGUGUCCAAUGCUGCUCCAUCUUCAGACAGCUCCCUGUAUAGCGCUCCACUUCCUGAGUAUUCCAGUUGCCAGCCUCCUUCAGCACCUCCUCCAUCAUACGCUAAAGUCAUCUCAGCUCCAGUGUCAGAUGCCACUCCUGAUUACGCUGUAGUGACUGCUUUGCCACCUACUUCCACACCCCCUACACCACCACUGCGACACUCAGCGGCACGUUUUGCAACAUCUCUAGGUUCAGCCUUCCACCCUGUUCUUCCCCAUUACGCUACAGUUCCUCGACCUCUGAACAAAAACUCUCGACCUUCUUCUCCUGUGAACACACCCUCUUCUCAGCCUGCAGCUGCCAAGUCCUGUGCCUGGUCUUCUUCCAAUUUCUCGCCCCUCCCUCCAUCUCCUCCGAUAAUGAUUAGCAGCCCUCCUGGCAAAGCUACUGGCCCCAGGCCUGUCCUCCCCGUCUGUGUCUCCUCUCCCGUGCCCCAAAUGCCUCCGUCACCGACAGCACCCAAUGGGCUGCUGGACUCUGUAACAUACCCAGUGUCUCCGCCGCCUACCUCAGGGCCAGCAGCGCCUCCUCCACCGCCGCCGCCGCCACCACCGCCACCGCCGCCGCCGCUGCCUCCCCUCGCUUCUUCACUCUCCCACUGUGGAUCCCAGGCUUCUCCUCCUCCAGGCACCCCUCUUGCCUCAACUCCCUCAUCCAAGCCCAGUGUUCUCCCUUCUCCCUCUGCAGCUGCCCCCGCCUCUGCGGAGACCCCUCUAAAUCCUGAGCUGGGAGACUCCUCUGCUUCCGAGCCAGGCUUGCAGCAGGCAGCCUCUCAGCCGGCCGAGACGCCAACCCCACAGGGCCUUGUCUUGGGACCGCCUGCACCCCCCCCCCCCCCACCCCUCCCCACAGGCCCUACCUAUGCCUCAGCACUUCCUCCCCCCCCUGGACCGCCUCCACCACCUCCACUGCCAUCUACUGGGCCUCCUCCACCUCCUCCCCCACCCCCUCUUCCUAAUCAAGUUCCUCCCCCUCCUCUGCCACCUCCUGCCCCUCCCCUGCCUGCAUCUGGAAUUUUCUCUGGAUCCCUGUCAGAAGACAAUCGCCCUUUAACUGGACUUGCAGCUGCAAUUGCGGGAGCAAAGCUUAGGAAAGUGUCUCGGGUGGAGGAUGGCUCUUUCCCAAGUGGAGGGAGUACUGUGGGUGUGAACUUGGCCUCAUCCAAAACAGAUGCUGGUCGUGGGAAUGGACCCCUUCCUCUAGGGGGUAGCGGCUUAAUGGAAGAGAUGAGUGCCCUGCUGGCCAGGAGGAGAAGAAUUGCUGAAAAGGGGUCAACAAUAGAAACAGAACAAAAAGAAGACAGAAGUGAAGAUUCAGAGCCUGUAACUUCUAAGGCCUCUUCAACAACUACACCUGAACCGACCAGAAAACCUUGGGAAAGAACAAACACAAUGAACGGCAGUAAGUCGCCUGUCAUCUCCAGACCCAAAUCUACACCUUCGUCACAGCCUAGUGCCAAUGGAGUACAGACAGAAGGACUUGACUAUGACAGACUGAAGCAGGACAUUUUAGAUGAAAUGAGAAAGGAACUAGCGAAGCUGAAGGAAGAGCUUAUUGAUGCAAUCAGGCAGGAACUGAGCAAGUCAAAUACUGCAUAGAGAAGCGAGCCAAGAGAAACAGGACUUGAAUCUGGAGAAAACAAGAAUCCCUGCAAACAACUGUCAACAACCCCCACGAUUUUUAAGCUGUAAGAAGAAAAUGGAUACAGUCAGGAGGAAAACGCGCCAACCUCUGAAAGCCUUCAGAGUAGCGACUCUGGCAAUCAGCUGCUCCCUCCGGCGUGCUGCUCUUGUUAUGACCUUUACCACAGGAUGAAGAAUUGUGUUUGAAUUCCCUAGCAGUACUAAACCCAUCAGGCAAGAAAUAUUUUCAUGUCUAGAUGAAACUGCACGUUUUCCACAAUCCAUUGCUAAAAUAAAGAUAAAGGCUUCGGAGGUUUUUUUCAGGGGGCUCUGAUGAAGAAUUUAAUUUAGCAAGUUCUGCUGUUGCGUUGUAAACGUUUCUCUCAGGUUUGUCUUCCUAUCAUAUUUGAUAUUCCGUGAAUAGUUAAGAUCAUAAAACAUGGAACAAAUGGAAUUGUAUGUGCUUUCAAAGGGUGGUAUUUAUAAGAAAGGUCCUAAAAUGUUUAGUCCCACUUGAGGAAUUUAGAAUGAUAGGAAGUCUCUCGGGUUAGCCUUCAUGCAAUUUUGUAGUUUAAAACAAAUCCGUCCAGAAUUUAAAUAUUUAGAUGCCUUCCUAAAUUGUUACAAUGCUUUACCAAAUCUAUGACUUCUAUAUACAAACAGUGGUCAAAUGUAAAACAUUCUAUUAUAGAUUUCCUGUAGGUUUUCAACCUUUUUUAGACUUAUGCAUGCGGACAUUUUUAUAAUGUAAUUACAAUCACCACAAAGUUAGCUUUUUUAAUUACAGACAGUAAUGCAUGUCACACUAAUAUGUAGUGGCCUUUUCAAGGCCUAGUCCCAGGAGAAAAUAUUUUGUAGAAUAUAGGGAAGUGGGAGGAAGGGGAGGAAUAAUUUUUUAUUUAAAGUUAAUUCUGCACUAUGUUUUUUUCUCAGUUAUCUGCAUGAAUUAUGAGAAAUAUUUUGUGACUUUAAUCGAUAAACAUGUUAACAAAACCGAGUACUUAAUCUUUCACAUCAUGUCUUCAGCUGUUUGUAUUUUAACCAGCAAUUUCAAUGGUCUGAAGCAUGAUUCUGAGCUUCACAUGAAUUACAUCUCACUGUGGAUCUCGAAAGUUUGAUCACUGACUUUGGCAGUUACUGUUGCUAGGUCCCUGCUGUGCUGCAGGUGUUGGAUACACGCUCCUGCUUGGAUGCUGCUCUUGACCUUUGUUGUGCUAAAAUACAAGAAAUACCAAUGAUGGCAGCAGUUGGGGUCACAGAAAUCACCAGAUAAAGGGGAACCAGUGGGGAGUUCGGCAGUUUUCUUUUGAUAAAACUGAAGUGACACCUAGUGAGAGAGAGGGAGGGAGUGAGGGAGAGGGAGAGUGUGUGUGUGUGUGU